AUGCCUCGUCUCAGGCCUCCCCAUUCCCCUCCGUUAAACUCACGUAAACGUCGACUACCAAGUUAUUCUGACCCUGCCUAUGCCCAGUCGGAGGACCAUUCUCCCCUGCACCAGCCUGCCAAGCGCGCCCGUGUUUCCGGUAGCAGGGAAAGGAAUAACUCGCACUUCCAGGAAGAUGAGGCACCUAUGACUGACCCUGUGCUGAGCGGGACGAGGUCUGUCCAGACUUCUCUGAGGGCCGUAGCACCUCUCUUGGUGCCUACGCGCAAACCGACGAACGAGAACAAGCCACCCGUUCCUCACGUUCCUAAACCUAACACUUAUGCCCCGAUUGCCGCCUCUUCCUCUGCUGCUGCUCCUGCCCUUGGCUCUCCGUUCCAGCAUGUUUCUCGCACCAACUCUGCAUCUGCUGCUACAUAUUAUCAUGGCUUGUCACCCUUCACUUCUUCGCUCGAGAAUGCUAUUCAUCUUGCAAGGACGAGGGCGACAUCGCUUAGGCCUCAUCCGUAUUCCACCGCCCUGAGAGCACAUCAUGCUUCAACUGCUGUACCUAAUGUUGCCGGUCUUGCACCUUCGCUGAUGAGGACGCUGCUUACUACGCCUCUUGCUACGUCUACACCGAGGAAGUCUGGACAAGAUGCUAUGCCUUCUCACCACGGCGCGAUGGAUCUUGAUCCUCCGACUCUUCGAGGCUCCAUGCAGAGUGAUGAGGAGAGUGCUGAAUCUGUCGUUGUCCCUCCUCCGAAGGAUAAAGGCAAGGGGCGUCUCGUUGUAGGCGCUCAAGGACGGCCUACUGAACGCCGGUCUUCGGUUGACGAGCGCGCUAAGAAUCUGAGCAGCCUGUUCUCUCACAUGGAUUUGGAUGGCGAGGAUCGCCAGCCCGCCCCUCCAGCUUCUUCUUCUAGCGACAGAACGCGGAAGUUCACGCAUCCUUUCGCAUCCAAGGCCAAACAAAGUGCGAAAGAUAGCAAGAAGGCUGCUGGAAGUUCAAAGAUGAAGACGAUGACUGUUGGACAGGGACCGCCAUCGAUCAAGGCACUGUACAAGAAAGAGAACGCUGAUGCCAGCAAACAGAAAACACCGAGACAUCCGUUUAUCAUGCCUCUCCAGCUGAAGAAGAAACCUGCCAAGAUGAUACCUAUUGUGGUGAAGGACCCGCCUAAGCCACCAGUGCGACAGACAAAUACCACGGUGGCCAAGGCUUUCGUGCAGAAGCAUCGUGAGACGGUCUGGAUGAAAGUCGCAGAUGAUGCGUUGGCGGUUUCUGACGAUGACAGUAAAGAUGAAAUUGACGCUUUCUAG